AUGUACAAAAAGUUUUGUUCUGCAGCUUGCAGAGAACACGUCCUCAUUCAUGACAUGGUCUGCUUCAACCUAUCUCGCAUUCGACUUCCUGUAUGGGUUACGACGGACAAAGAAGCUACGACGGUCAGCUGCAAAGGAACACCUGCACAUUUUGCCGCGCGCGGGCUCCUUUUGUUCACAUGUGACCUCAUGCGAAAUAAAACUGGGUCGUUGUGUGCGUGUGACUUCUACGCCGGUGCAGCAUUUGAAGAAAACUCAGAUAGCACACCUAACAAAAACACGAAUGACAGGAUUCGUAACAUUUAUUUAUUUGAAGAAGGUAGUCAACAAACAAAAAAAAAAGAGGAAUGGCAAAAGCAGUGUAGAGAAUGA